AUGUUCUCGGGGAAGACUCAGAUUCCCUGUGUCGGUAUUUCUUUCGGCGUCGACCGCAUCUUUUCCAUCACCAAAGCGAGACUUGCGGCAGAUAAGAGCGCCGCCGCUGUGCGAAAGAAUGAGGUAGAUGUUUACGUCAUGGCGUUUGGAGGCAAGGGCUUUACCGGUCUCCUCAAGGAGCGUAUGGAGGUGUGCUCUAGGCUCUGGGGAGCGGGCAUCAAGGCCGAGUUCUUGUACAAGGAUGAAUGGAACAAUGGCAAGGUCAAGGUCAAGGAGAUGGGCCUUCGUGAUGGACACCCCGAGAAGGAAGGUGUCGAAGUAGCCCUGGACAACUUGGUUGCCGAUGUCAAGGCCAAGCUCGCCCGGCGGGCGGAGCUCGAGGACAUGACGAGGCAGGCUGAGGGCUUGAAGGUCGUGCAUGGCAUCAAGGGCGAGGAGCUUGAGGUUUCUGCCCAGCCUACCACGACUGAAGCCGCAGCGCCAGAUGCGCCGGCCGGAGAGCAACCUGUAACUGAAGAAAAAUGA